AUGUCAACGAAUCCUGAUGAACCUAAGAGUCGUGCCCGGACAGACUUUUUGCUCAACAAUGAAUCAGAGGUUCAGAAGUUUUGGGAUGAGAACAAGGUUUUUGAGGCUGAUCCUGGCAAUGAGCCUCCAAGCCCUGGGGAAAAAUUCUUUGGGAACUUUCCAUACCCUUACAUGAAUGGCUUGCUGCAUCUGGGCCAUGCCUUCUCGUUGUCCAAGCUUGAGUUCGGUGCUGCAUACCACAGGCUUCGUGGCUCCAAUGUCCUUUUGCCUUUUGCUUUCCACUGCACUGGAAUGCCCAUCAAGGCCUCAGCUGAUAAGCUUGCUAGGGAAAUCCAACAAUAUGGAUAUCCUCCGGUGUUUCCCGUGGCAGAGGGUUCUAGUGCUGCAGUAGCAGAUGCUAUCCAAGCUGACCAGGCUGAUGUUGUUGCCCCGGAUAAGUUUAAGGGGAAGAAGUCCAAGGCUACUGCAAAGGCUGGUGCACAAAAGUACCAGUGGGAGAUCAUGAAGAGCUUUGGUCUAGAUGAUGAAGAAAUUGCCAGAUUUCAAGAUCCUUAUCACUGGUUGACUCACUUCCCUCCAUUGGCAAAGGAGGUUCUCCAGAAAUUUGGCUUGGGUUGCGACUGGAGGAGGUCAUUCAUAACUACUGACAUGAAUCCAUACUAUGAUGCUUUUGUUAAGUGGCAGAUGAGGAAGCUGAAGAAAUUGGGCAAGGUUGUCAAAGACAUGAGGUACACGAUCUACUCUCCGUUGGAUGGCCAACCUUGUGCUGAUCAUGAUAGGGCAACAGGUGAAGGUGUGCAGCCACAAGAAUACGUCUUGAUUAAAAUGGAGGUGAUAUCACCUUUUCCUCCCAAGCUGAAGGCGUUAGAAGGGAGGAAGGUAUAUUUGGCAGCUGCUACACUAAGACCUGAGACUAUGUAUGGACAGACAAAUUGCUGGGUCCUUCCUGAUGGAAUGUAUGGUGCUUUUGAGAUCAACGACACUGAUGUCUUCAUCCUUACAGCCAGGUCUGCUCUUAAUCUUGCAUACCAACACCUAUCCAGGGUUCCUGAAAAACCAACCUGCUUAUGUGAGCUGUCUGGCACUGAUUUGAUUGGUUUGCCACUGAAAUCUCCUCUUGCCUUCAAUGAAACCAUAUAUGCUCUUCCAAUGCUCACUGUCUUGACUGACAAAGGUACUGGCAUUGUGACUAGUGUUCCGAGUGAUUCACCUGAUGAUUUCAUGGCACUGCAAGAUUUAGUCGCAAAGCCAGCACUGAGAGCAAAGUAUGGAGUGAAAGAUGAGUGGGUUCUUCCUUAUGAGAUUAUACCAAUAAUCCACAUUCCUGAAUUUGGAGACAAGUCAGCAGAGAAGGUUUGUCGUGAUCUUAAGAUUAAAAGCCAGAACGACAAGGAGAAGCUUGCUGAAGCAAAAAGAAUGACAUAUCUGAAGGGAUUUACUGAUGGAACAAUGAUUGUGGGUGAGUUCAGUGGUAGAAAGGUUCAAGAAGCGAAGCCGCUGAUUAAAAGCAAGCUUUUGGAAGAAGGCACAGCCGUCUUGUAUAGUGAGCCGGAGAAGAAGGUCAUGUCUAGAUCUGGUGAUGAAUGUGUUGUUGCCCUCACUGAUCAGUGGUACAUAACUUAUGGUGAGGCUGAAUGGAAGCAGAAGGCAGUCAAAUGUUUGGACCACAUGAAUACAUUCUCAACUGAAGCCCGUAAUGGUUUUGAACACACAUUGGGCUGGCUGAACCAGUGGGCUUGUUCGCGUUCUUUUGGCCUUGGUACUCGAAUCCCAUGGGAUGAGCAGUUCCUUGUAGAAUCUCUUUCUGAUUCAACCCUAUACAUGGCUUAUUAUACAGUUGCACAUCAUUUGCAAAAUGGUAAUAUGUAUGGGAAAGAAAUAUCUUCAGUAAGGCCAGAAGAAAUGACAGAUGAAGUCUGGGAUUUUGUGUUUUGUGAUGGUCCAGCACCAAAAAGUGACAUCCCUGCUGCUCUGUUGAACAAAAUGAAGCAGGAAUUUGAGUACUGGUACCCGUUUGAUAUCCGUGUGUCUGGUAAAGACCUUAUUCAAAACCAUCUGACAUUCUGCAUAUACAAUCAUACAGCACUUCUUCCUGAGCACCAUUGGCCUCUUGGUUUCCGCUGCAAUGGGCAUCUUAUGCUUAAUUCUGAAAAAAUGUCCAAGUCCACAGGGAAUUUCUUAACUCUCGAAGAUGCCAUCAAAAAGUACUCUUCUGAUGCCACUAGAUUUGCCCUUGCUGAUGCUGGCGAUGGCGUGGAUGAUGCAAACUUUGUCACUGAAACUGCAAAUUCUGCUGUGAUGAGGCUUACAAAAGAAAUUUCAUGGAUGGAAGAGGUUACAGCUGCUGAAUCUAAAUUAAGAGCUGGGCCGCCCACUACAUAUGCUGACCGUGUGUUUGAAAAUGAGAUGAACAUUGCAAUCAUAGAAACUGAGAAGAGCUACAAUGCUUUCAUGUUCAGAGCCGCCCUGACGUCUGGCUUUUAUGACCUCCAAUCGGCUAGAGAUGAGUACAGGCUCUCUUGUGGUGCAGCAGGCAUGAACCGUGAUCUGUUGUGGCGAUUUAUGGAUGUCCAGACCAGGCUCAUCACCCCCAUCUGCCCACACUACGCUGAGCACGUGUGGCAGAAGAUCAUGAAGAAAGAAGGCUUUGCAAUAAAAGCUGGCUGGCCAGUCGCAGACACCCCAGAUCCUACGCUGAGAAUUGCAAAUAAAUACUUGCAGGAUUCCAUAGUUUCGUUCAGGAAGCUGCUUCAGAAGCAAGAGUCUGGCUCCAAGAAGCCUAAGAAGGGAGCUGCACCAGCACCUCCAGCCGAGGAAAAGAAGAUGAGCAUUGGCCUUAUAUAUGUGGACGAGCACUACUCUGGCUGGAAAGAGCAGUGCUUGAGGGUGCUGCAGUCCAAGUUCGACAGCCAAAGUCGCUCCUUCGCACCUGAUAAGGAAAUAGCAGAAGCUCUGAAGGAGUGUCCCAUCGGGCAGGAAAUGAACUUGAAGCAAGUUCAGAAGCUGUGCAUGCCCUUCAUAAAAAAGAAGAAGGACGAGGCAUUGGAGGUUGGUCCUCAGGCGUUGGACUUGAAGCUUCCGUUUGGUGAGAUGGAUGUUCUCCGGGAGAACAUGGAGCUGAUCAAGAGGCAGCUGGGCCUUGAGCAAGUCGAGGUGCUCUCGGCGUCCGACGAAGCUGCUCGCGCUAAGGCCGGUGAGCAUGUUUCGCUGCUGGAGAAAAACGCACCUGGUGUCCCCAUCGCCAUCUUCCUCAGCAGACAGGGCUGA